ACUCAUGACAACAACUAUGGCUUCCUCCUGCUCGUUGGUGUGUUGUAGAGAGGAGAACGACUCCGAUAAAGCUGUUAUUGUCCAGUUUUCCAAUGGCAGCGUCAAAAAUGCAGACAAAUUGGAUUUCACGAUGUACAAGAACACAGAUGAGCGUAACCCCAGGAAAAAGAAUCGGCGGAUAUUGGUUGCUGAAUCAGACAGACUGUCCUAUGUUGGGAGUAAUUUUGGAGUGGGGUCCUUGAAAUGCAACAACCUUUGCAAAUACUAUGUAGGAGUGUUGAACAAGCAGACCAUGCAAAUGGAGGUGCACAGUGCUCAGCUCUUCAACAUGCAACCUGUUGUACCAGGAGAGACAACAGAGCCUGCAAAACCCCAGGACACUACUCAGACCUACAGAGACAAGGUUGAUUCUUUGAUUGAAGCGUUUGGUACCAACAAACAGAAGAGAGCUCUGAGCUCCCGGAGGCUGAAUCAGGUGGGCAGCGAUACCCUGCAUCAAGCAGUGGCUAAGGCUGCCAACGCAGUGAUUGGCCAAAAGGGUCUGGAAGCUCUACAGCAGGAAGUGGCUGAGACCGAGUCCCAGGCAGAACUGGCUCUCCACCUGCCUCCCUGCAACACAGACGCGGACAGACCUGAGGACGUCUACCUAUUCGACAAUCUCCUGAGUCCAGUGGAGUACGGGGCUUUGGAGCAGGCUGGUUCCAAGAUGGCAGAACUCACCUCUGAGGAGCUGCAGAAGAUGAAGGAUGACGGAGGGUGCUUGUGUGUUGUGAAGCUCCUAGAGAACAUGCCAAGUGCCGCUGAAGCGAGAGAUAAGACGUCACGUGGUGCAUUUUACCUUUCUCUGCUCCUUAAAAUGACCCGGCAGAAAGGCAUCACCCGGAAGUUUGGGCAGGAGGAGGGCUGUCCUCGCAUCGUCCAGAGCAAACUGUUGAGAACAUUCACUGUGGAGACUUUCAACAAUGGCAGGGUCCAUAACAUGGUGUCUUCAUCAAUGCGUGCAAAAUUAGCAGCAUACUCCCUGGCCCUGCUGCUGCAUAUGGGUCACAUGAGUGCCGACCUCACAUUACUGCACCGUGACCUGGGCAUCACAGAGGCCAGGAUGAUUGAAGUGGCAAAAUCAAUGGGACUGACCCUAAAUAAACUGCCCCGGGGGAAGGCUGACAAGGCUGAACCGCAAGACGAACACAGACAGGCCUCUCUUGUUCUUCCUCUGGUCAAAUAUGAUCAGUUCAUGGAGAGACGGAAACGCAGGAAAAUGCACUGAAGAUCAAAACAAGAAAAGAUGAGAAUCGGAUAGAGAGGGGGGACUAUAAGAAUUGGAAAUGUCACAAAUGAGGAUUGUUUAUUAAUGGAUUUUGUAGACAAAUAAAGUGGUGAACUUUGA